GGAAGAUCCUGAGGACGCCAUCCGCUCGCUGCUUUAAAAUUAAACCACAGGUUCCACUAUGGGUCGACUUGAUGGGAAAGUCAUUGUCCUGACGGCUGCUGCUCAGGGGAUCGGGCGAGCAGCUGCCUUAGCUUUUGCAAGAGAAGGUGCCAAAGUCAUAGCCACAGAUAUCAAUGAGUCCAAACUGCAGGAACUGGAAAAGUACCCUGGUAUUCAGAUUCGGGUCCUUGAUGUCACAAAGAAGAAGCAAAUUGAUGAGUUUGCCAAUGCGGUUGAGAGACUUGAUGUUCUCUUUAAUGUUGCUGGUUUUGUCCAUCAUGGAACUGUCCUGGACUGUGAAGAGAAAGACUGGGACUUCUCGAUGAAUCUCAACGUCCGCAGCAUGUACCUGAUGAUCAAGGCGUUCCUUCCUAAAAUGCUUGCUCAGAAAUCUGGCAAUAUUAUCAACAUGUCCUCUGUGGCUUCCAGCAUCAAAGGAGUCGUGAACAGGUGCGUGUACAGCACAACCAAGGCGGCUGUGAUUGGCCUCACGAAGUCUGUGGCUGCAGAUUUCAUCCAGCAGGGCAUCCGGUGCAACUGCGUGUGCCCAGGAACGGUUGAUACCCCAUCUCUGCAAGAAAGAAUACAAGCCAGAGGAAAUCCUGAAGAGGCGCUGAAGGACUUCAUGAAGAGACAAAAGACGGGAAGAUUUGCGACUGCAGAAGAAAUAGCCAUGCUCUGUGUGUAUUUGGCUUCUGAUGAAUCUGCCUACGUGACUGGUAACCCUGUCAUCAUUGAUGGAGGCUGGAGCUUGUGAUGUCAGCAACUCCGUGGUGGGAAGGAAGGCAGGCCCUUCCUCUCCACAGUCAGCCUGGUUAUGAAGAAAACGCACCGAUCAUCUCUUUCUUAUUAAUGACAUAUUAAUGAAAACAAGCCCUUUUUAAUGAUGUCAUUGUUCACAAGAGUCUGAUUCUUUAAAUAUAUUUACCUCUUUGUAAUCUCUUCUGAAAUCAUUGUAAGUAAAUGAAGUAAAAAUACUGAACUCGUUGCAAGAGAAUAGUUUUGAAAAUAAACCUCAAUUUGUAAGCA